GAAAAUAGCCCCGGCCCAUCUUAGGCUCUUCUCCCCGUUCUAAAACGCAGAGAUAACAUAAACAUAACCAAAAACCGAUGAUGUAUAUACACCUUUCGCCUUUAUCCCUGGCCGAGACAGCUCCAUGUGCCGUUACUCUUAAACCCUCUCUUUCACUUCACUCAUCGCAUUAACAAACCAAGUAACCAACAAUGAAAUGAACAACAACAACAAUGAUUCUUCAACUUCACCGAACCUUCUUCUCCACCACCACCACCUCCUCCUCCUCCGUACCUUCCUCACACCCCCUCUCUUUCUGCCACUUCAUGUUCAGGGCGAUCCAGACUCCACCAAUCGCUCUCGCGCCGCACGCCACGUCAUCUCUCACCGGCGCCACCGUCCAAUUUCGAACUCGUCUUCUCUUCCCUCCAAGAGUUACCGCGAAGUGCCACGCGACGUCGUUUGGUAAUUUCCGUUUGCAGUUUGCUUUGAACUCCACGACGCCGUUUGGCGGCGGCGUUUUCUCGAGGAGGUUCGCCACGCGCCCCGCGACUGAUGGUGGCAAGCAGAAGAAGCGGCAAGUAAGGGCUGCCGUCGUUCGCGGAAAGGAGAAGGACGGAGGUGCGGUAAACGACGCCGCGUCGAAAGAGGUUGACAAUGCGGCUGCUUCUGAGGGAAGUUUGGGCGAGAAGAAGAAGAAGGGAUCGUCACGCGCCGCUGCGAGUGGCGAAGAGGACGAGAAGAGUGUGAAGAAGAAAACGGCGAAGCAGAAGAAGACGACGUCGACGCAAGAGGAUGGUGCUGUUGAAGCUUCUAAAAAAUCUUCCAAAGGGAACAAGAAGAAGGAUUCGAAGAAGAGUUUGACUGAGAGUGCUAUUGAAGAAAUAACAGAGAAUUCUGCUUCUGCGAAGGACAAAGUGAAGAAGAAAAAUGGGAAUUCUAGUCUAAUUGAAGAGGCAAAACCCCUAUGGAAUUUUACGUACAAGCCAUUGUAUCCUCCCACUGGAAAGUCUGUGGUGGUUGUGGAGUCUGUUACAAAGGCGAAGGUUAUUAAGAGAUACCUUGGUGAUAUGUAUGAAGUCUUGCCAAGCUAUGGUCAUGUAAGAGACUUGGCUGCAAGGUCUGGAUCAGUGCGACCUGAUGAUGAUUUUAGUAUGGUGUGGGAGGUUCCAUCGCCUGCUUGGACUCAUCUGAAGAGCAUCAAGGUUGCACUGAGCGGAGCAGAAAACCUUAUUCUUGCAUCAGAUCCUGAUCGUGAGGGGGAGGCUAUUGCUUGGCACAUCAUUGAGAUGUUACAACAACAGGGUGCUCUACAUGAUAAUAUUUCUUUAGCAAGAGUAGUCUUUCACGAAAUAACUGAAAAAUCUAUAAAAGGUUCCCUACAAACACCGCGAGAGAUUGACAUAAAUUUGGUUCAAGCUUACCUUGCACGGCGGGCUCUUGAUUACUUGAUUGGGUUUAGCAUUUCACCAUUACUAUGGAGGAAGUUACCAGGUUGCCAAUCAGCUGGAAGAGUUCAAUCUGCUGCACUUUCUCUUAUAUGUGAUAGAGAAAUGGAAAUUGAUGAAUUUAAACCAAAGGAGUAUUGGAUUGUAGAGGUUCAAUUGAAAAAGAAAGAGCUGAGAUCAAACAAGAACCUUACUUUUCCUGCUCACUUGACCCAUUUUGAUUCAAAAAAGUUGAAUCAGUUUUCGAUUACUUCUGAUACUGAGGCUAGAGAUAUUCAAAGCACUAUAAACUCAGCUGAUUUUCAUGUUGUUAGCUUGAAAAAAAGCAAAAGUAGAAGAAAUCCUCCUACACCUUAUAUAACAUCGACACUUCAGCAAGAUGCUGCAAACAAGUUGCAUUUCACGGCAAGUCACACAAUGAAGCUUGCACAGAAGCUCUACGAGGGAGUUGAACUGUCUGAUGGUAUAGCAGUGGGUCUGAUAACAUAUAUCAGAACUGAUGGACUCCAUAUUUCUGAUGAAGUUGUUGCUAGUAUACGCUCGUUGAUCAUUGAAAGGUAUGGACAAGAUUUUGUCUCGCAAAGUGCACCAAAGUAUUAUAAAAAGGUGAAAAAUGCACAAGAAGCCCAUGAAGCCAUUAGACCAACUGACAUAUGCAAGUUGCCAUCAAUGCUUUCUGGGAUACUUGAUGGAGAAUCCUUGAAGCUCUACACACUUAUUUGGUCACGAACAGUUUCAUGUCAAAUGGGACCUGCUGUCUUUGAGCAGAUACAACUUAAUAUUGGAAAUCCUGAUAAGUCUAUUAUAUUACGGUCUUCCAGCUCAAGGGUUGAGUUUCCUGGAUAUCGGGCAGUUUUUACGGACAUUGUUACUGAAGCUGUUCAAGAUAAAGACAGUGAUGAAUUCAGCCGUGAUCAAACAUUUGGAGUACUAAAUUCCUUGAAGACAGGGGAUCCAUUACAUGUGGUUCAGACUGAACCUAAUCAGCACCAUACACAACCACCACCACGGUACUCUGAAGCAUCAUUGGUUAAGAAACUUGAGGAGCUUGGGAUUGGAAGGCCAUCAACAUAUGCAUCCACAAUAAAAGUUUUACAGGAUAGAAACUAUGUGACAGUAAAAAGUCGAGUUCUGUCUCCAGAGUUUCGUGGUUGCAUGGUUUCAGCUUUUCUGUCGCAUCAUUUUUCAGAGGUCAUGGACUACGGUUUUACUGCCGAUAUGGAAACCGAGCUGGAUAAUGUUUCUGGUGGAUUAACUGAAUGGAAAGGCCUCCUUAGAGACUAUUGGACACGAUUUAAAUCAUAUUGUGAGCGUACAUCUAAUGUUCAUAUUCAUCAGGUUGAGAAGAUGUUGGAAAAAAAAUUUGGCGAUUAUUUAUUUGCUUCUCUCCCAGAUCAGAGCCGGGUGUGUCCAAGUUGUAUGGAAGGCACACUUAUUUUUAAAGUAAGUAGAUUUGGUGCUGGCUACUUUAUAGGCUGUGAUCAACAUCCUAGGUGCAAGUACAUUGCUAAAACAUUAUACGGUACAGAGGAGGAAGAGGAUGCAUCUCAGCCAAACAGUAGAGUAGAGGAACCAAAACUCCUAGGUGUUACUAGUGGUUCAUAUGAAAAGGUUCUUUUGAAAAGUGGGCCUUAUGGAGUUUAUGUUCAGCUCGGAGAAGACAGGAAGGGAUAUAUACCUAAAAGAGCUUCUGUCUCUCAUAUCAAGGAUGUGGAUUCUAUCACCCUGAAAGAUGCACUUGAGGUGCUACAAUACCCAUUGACAUUGGGUAAUCAUCCUAAGGAUGGGCAGCCUGUCAUAUUAAAGCUUGCAAGAGCUGGGCUUUGUGUUAGACAUCGGCGCACGGUUGCUUCUGUUCCUAAGAAUGUGAAGCCAAGUGAUGUUACCCUGGAAAAAGCACUUGAAUAUUUAUCUGGUGAUGAUGUUAGACGAUCUGGUCGUCCAAAAGGCAAAUCUAAAGUUCAAGAAGUUGAAGUUAUUGAAGCGUUUUAAGGUUUUGGCCUUUCUCUUCAGCAUAUUUAUAAGCGUUUUAAGGCUUUGGCCUGUCUCUUCAGCAUGCCUGCUUUUAGCUAGUGGCAAUUUCCAACAAGUUUCCAACCAUAGUUUGCAAAUCAAAUCCCAGACGAGUCCUGGAAGAUUCUUUUAUGGAGCCAAAUGUAUAUUUAUUACUGUUUUAGAAAUUUUGUUGCGCGUCUCUUUUUUUGGUUAACUGUCCAUAACGUUUGGCCAAUAUGAUAUUUACUUUAGAUAGAAAUUUGUUAUAGCGAAUCCUGAUUGAACUUGAUUCCAAGCCCUGCCAGAUUUUGAGAAGCCUAAGGGUUGAUAUUCUUUUAUUGUAUUAACAAAUUCAUAGAGACGCAUAUUCAUUACAUUGUCUUAAAUCUGUCUCGUACCUUUUAUUUUAAUUUUUAAUAGUUGACCUUGCUAGGGUUUAAGAGUGGCUGCUAAAUUAGCUUUCUCUGAGCCCAAAACUUGCAUAA